UUAAUCGUACCAGCCUUUGAGCAGGUCCAUCGUACCACAUUGGAAACGGCAACGCUGUCGAUGCCGGUGAUUUUACCGAAGUAAGGUGUCUUCACAGUAGUCACAUUCGCAGCUGCAGCUACCAAACACUCGAGCGAGCUGUGCUAUUCUCGCAUUCUCGUUUUGGUUUUACUGGGAAGAAUAGCGAAAAGCAUUACUUAACACUAUCCUUCGCAAAUGGAUCAGCUGAGACAAAUCAUUCGCCUUUCUAGCAACGUUAGCGACGACGGUAAGGAUUGUAAGCCGGCGCGGAGAACAACCAGCAUUUCUAAAGAUUUGGGCGCCACCACCAACACGUCCUCUGACCAAAUAGUGUUGCCAGCACAGGAGUCAACUUCAGUGGCAAAAAACCAGGCCCAAACGAAACCAUCACCGCCGCGUACCCGCGCCAGCAUCCUACCGUUGAUCGGAAGCGACAUGUCUGGAACUACGGGAAAGCGUAAGGAAAUCUACAAAUAUCUUGCUCCAUGGCCACUGUACUCGAUGAACUGGUCCGUGCGACCCGACAAGCGGUUUCGACUUGCCCUCGGCAGCUUCGUCGAGGAGUACAACAACAAGGUGCAAAUCAUAAGUCUAGACGAGGAUACGAGCGAGUUCAGCGCUAAAAGCACCUUCGACCACCCGUACCCGACAACGAAAAUUAUGUGGAUCCCCGAUUCGAAGGGGGUCUAUCCAGACCUGCUGGCAACGAGUGGCGACUACUUACGGCUAUGGCGCGCGGGGGAGCCAGACACGCGACUUGAGUGCGUACUAAACAACAACAAAAACAGCGACUUUUGUGCACCACUCACCUCGUUCGACUGGAACGAAGUCGACCUUAAUCUGGUUGGAACUUCAUCGAUCGACACCACCUGCACGAUUUGGGGCCUCGAGACCGGUCAGCCACUGGGGCGCGUUAAUCUCGUCUCCGGUCACGUCAAGACGCAGCUGAUCGCACACGACAAGGAAGUGUACGACAUUGCUUUCUCGCGUGCUGGUGGCGGUCGCGAUAUGUUCGCUUCUGUCGGUGCCGAUGGCAGCGUCCGGAUGUUUGAUCUGCGCCACCUCGAGCACUCCACAAUCAUCUACGAGGACCCGGCGCACACCCCGCUUCUGCGUUUGGCGUGGAACAAACAGGAUCCGAACUAUCUAGCAACGGUCGCGAUGGAUAGUUGCGAAGUAAUAAUACUUGACGUGCGCGUCCCAUGCACACCUGUUGCACGACUCAGCAACCACCGUGCGUGCGUGAACGGAAUUGCCUGGGCCCCGCACAGCUCCUGUCACAUCUGCACGGCAGGCGAUGACCACCAGGCUCUGAUCUGGGACAUACAGCAGAUGCCCCGUCCGAUCGAAGAUCCAAUACUGGCGUACACGGCAGCCGAGGGCGAAGUCAAUCAAAUACAGUGGGGUGCCACGCAGCCCGACUGGAUAGCGAUCUGCUACAAGACGGCCUGCGAAAUACUGCGCGUUUAAGUAGGAAACGCGUGGGGAGAGUUUCGAAGACUGCACUACCGCACGAAAGAGUAAGCAGCGACGUAACACAACGACAAGCAAGAGAGUCAGUGAGCUGAUGCCAAGUGUGGCGUUUCCGUAGGUCCGCGCAUAGCCACCACCAACACUAUUCACGGGUUUCAAAGACUGGCACCGAUUGGAAGCGGGCUGAAGGACAAAUAUUAACUAAUGUUUCGAUUGCGCGUAUAUAAGUGUAUAUUAAAUGGUCCCUAUGGGAUGGAUGGUGCGACAUCAGGAGUGCAUGAGCAAAGGUAAAAGUGCAACAGCAGGUCACGCUGAGCAGGUGGUUGCUCAGUCGUACUCAGUUAGAUCGGGAUUUAUAUGCUACUAAUGAGUGCAUAGAUCACCGUACCCUGAUAGUCUUGCAUCCGCUGAAUUUGUAAGCCUUUAUACCCGAUUGCUCGAAAUAAUUGUGAAAGGUUUAAAUAUCCCAUUAUCAUGGCUUCUAGAAAUGGCGUUAGAACUUCAUACUUGCCGCUAAUUUUUGUAAAAUAUCAAUUGUAUAUCUAAGAUUUAAAAAAAUAUAUAAAGUUAUAGACACAACUAGAAGAAUGAACAUAAAACUUUGUGUUCUUAUCAAUGUUUUUUCUUCCCGUUGUGAGGGAUGUGCAAUCAAGUGCGCAUAAAUGUGCUCACUUCUUUUCCUUCACUUUGAAACCACGAGCAGAUCGACACCUCCUCAACAAUAAUUUACUAUAUCCAUCCGAGCGGCAACAUUUCGUUAUCAGUUAUGCUCGUUAGUACUACUCUUUGUGCAGCAUUCGCUCCAGUAUGGUUCCAUUAAACUAGUAGUCAAAUAGUUUAGCCAACCCUCACAUCUGACUUCCUCAGGACACCAAAUGAAAAAAACGUAGCCGCUUAGGAAGCAAGCAACAACGGCUGAACUUUAUUAGCUCUUUCGUGCAAGCGCCUCCAACAUUAAUAUUGCGAAAAUUAUGUGUAGCUCAGUUUAGUUAAGUUCUUUAUAAAUAAUGUCCAAUAAUGUUACUAGUAGCAACAAAAAUCGCACAAUAAUUCAUUAGCAAAUCUUUUAUAUGCCCGUUUAGAAGUAGUACAGAAUGCCUCUCAGGUCUACAGGUAAUUAGUGACUAACGAUUCCUUAUUAUUUGUUUUUUUUAAUUAAACAGAACACAAUGCUAAUUUACAUUUAAACUAAACGAAAAAAUAUCUAACAUAUUUUUAAAAACAGAACCUUACAAAUAGCGCGUUCGGAGACUCAUAUUAAAAGUAUGUAGGUACGGUAGGUGUAGGAUUAGGUGAUUGCCUUUGCUAGCAAUAACUUUCUUCCAUCUUUCGGGCGAUUCCUAGAAGCGUUGAGCAAACGAUUUGGGCCAGUUUGCCCUUAUCCGAUGCUUGGUCUAGUUUUCCGCUUCCGGCCCGUUUUCGACGUUGAUAGCCAUCCAAAGCGAAUGCCAUGCCAUGCAAGAAGAGUCCGAUGACGACUAGACCGGAACCUAAACAAUUAGACGUGCAUCUACCAGAUAACAACAAGCGGAAGAAGUGG